CAGCGGUUUCCGGUUUCGUCCUGUCGCUCUCAGUCCGGACGCCGCAGCGCCGCGCAGCACCAUGUAGAACAACACGGCUUCAGCUCCUUGCAGCCGCUGGCGGAAUGAGAUAAAAAUGGACACCGUGGCAGCGGACUCGUCCCCGGCCGAGGAGGACGAGUCUUCGGACUCUGAGGUUUUGUGUUUGAAGAGAGUCGGAAGAAACUCAGACUGGCUUCGCUUGUUGGGAAACACCGAGAUCCGCAUCGGACGUGGACUGGACGUGACCCACCAGCUGCUGUCUCCCAGUUGUCCUCUGAUGAUCUCCAGACUGCACUGUACUGUCAGACAGAGGGAGGAUGGACAGUGGACAGUGACAGACGAAAAGAGCCUCAACGGCGUGUGGGUGAAUGGAAACCGCAUACCCGCCGAAGAAGCCCAUCAACUGAGGCUCGGAGACUCCAUACAACUGGGCGUCCCUGUGACUGGGACAGAGGUGGAGUUUGACUACGUCCUCGUCCAGCGGCCCCUCAGAGACAUCAAACACUACUUGGCAAGGGGACACAAGGAAAGCCCCAAAGCAGCCCCCGUUUCCAAGAAGUCCAAGAGGAAGUGGUCCGUGGAGGAAGUGGAGCCGUCCACCUCCAAGCCGAAGCUCUACCGCUGCUCCUCUGCAGACAAGUCCUUUGCGAAGCCGUGUCCCGCGUCGCCAGCGCAGCGGCAGCCGAGGCUCGCUCACUCGCAAUCGGAGGAAACUGGAACAAGCAGACAGGUCCAGGAAGUAGACCGGCCCUCGGAUGGCUCCAACAGUCCCUGUGACCUGGAUGAGCUGCAGAUGUACAGCCAGAACAUCCUGAGGUUGAGGGAGCAGGUGGACGACACCCAGAGGCAGGUGGCCUCUCUGGGGGGAGCGCCGCAGCGGGCUCACCCUCUCCGAGAGGAGCACGUCAGGGAGCUGCAGGCUCAGCUGGAGACGCUGAGAGCCAAGAUGCACCGGAUGGAGACGUUGGAGAAGUCCUUCAGUAGAACUAAGAGGCAGCUAGAGGCACAGAAAACCAAGCAACAAGAGGAGCAUUUGAAAAAGCAGCUGGAAGAGGCCUUGCAAGAGCAAAAGAAAGUAAUAGACGAGCUUGCCCAUUCUCGAGAAGGAUUCGAAGAGAUUCUCUUGGCCAAAAACAAAGAGCUGGAAUUGACAAAGGAGGAGAAAGAAAAGGCCAGAGCCCAAAAGGAGGAAGUAGUUACACAGGUGACUGAAGUUUUGGAGAACGAGCUUCAGUGCAUCAUCUGCUCCGAGCUCUUCAUCGAGGCCGUCAUCCUGAGCUGCGCUCACAGCUUCUGCAGUCAUUGCAUCAAGCAGUGGCGCAGAAAGAAGGACGAGUGUCCCAUCUGCCGGCGGGCCAUCCAGUCCCAGACCCGCUGCCUGGCCCUGGACAACUGCAUCGACAGCAUGGUGAAGAACCUGAGCCUGGACAUGAAGUCGAGGCGGCAGACGCUUAUUACCGAGAGGAAAGGUGAGAGCUGACGCUGCUCAGGUGACGGUGAUCCACGACGACGACAGCAGCAGGAGCAGCGACAGCAGCCUGGUGUCCAUCGACAGCAGCCUGAGCUCCGCGGUCUCGUUGGAAACGGACACCAGCAUCCACCUGGACUCCAGCCCGGACUACAGCGGCUACUCGGACCAAAGUCUCGACGGCUUUGAGGAUUAGCGUUUUUUUUCUUCAGAGGGAGUUUGACGUUUAUUUGGUGUUGAUGUUCAGAUAGAGACGUCUGGUCUCAUCAUGAGUCCCUUAACCGGAUUUCCUUUUUGUAACGUUGUCAGAUGUCUUUUUGUCUUUAUUUACAACAAGAGGAAUAAAGUUUUUUUCCGAAGCAUUA